AUGUCUUCGCCAUCAAAAACGUUGCAAAAAAUUCAGAAGACCAAGUCAAGGAAACUGCGUCAAUACAACUGCACAUAUUUGAAAUAUGGUUUUACAACAGCUCCACACGAUGCUUCUCGACCAAUGUGCAUUGUGUGUGGUUCUAUCUUUUCUAAUGAGGCAAUGAAACCGAGUCGACUUCAGGACCAUCUCCACGGAAUGCAUCCAAAUAAAAUUAGCAGUGACUUUAAAAAGCUUCGGGAUGAAAAGGCAAAGCAAACCACCAUUCGAUCUCAUUUCAGACAGCCAGAUGAUCGACAGCAAUGUGGCUUAAUUGCGUCAUUUAAUAUAUCUAAACUAAUUGCAAAGACGGCAAAGCCACACACUAUAGGUGAAGAUCUAGUGUUGCCAGCUGCAAAAGAAAUCAUUGAAACAGUUAUGAAACAGAAUUCUUCUUCGGUUUUGCGUGCUGUUCCUUUGAGUAAUAAUACAGUUCAACGACGUAUUGAUGAAAUGAGCUCCGAUGUGUUAAAACAGCUAGUAGAAAUCCUCUCCGUAACCAAACAUUCACUGCAAAUAGACGAAUCCACCUUGAGUAAUAACGAGUCACUACUGUUGGGCUAUGUGCGAUUUAUACAUAAUCUGCAGGCCCAAGAAGAAAUGCUUUUUGCCAUCGAUCUCCCUGCUGAUACUCGAGCAAUGACUGUCUUUACUGCAGUGGAGAGAUUUUACAACGAUAAGAAGAUACCACUGCAAAAUAUAUUGCAAUGUGCAACCGAUGGCGCUGCUGCAAUGGUUGGCAAACAUAGGGGCUUCAUUGCGCUUAUGAGAAGAAAAAUACCUGGACUGAUUGCCACUCACUGCGUCAUCCAUCGGCAGCAUUUGGUCGCUCGUAAUCUUAGUGCAGAACUGCACGACUCUUUGCAUAUUGCGAUAAAAUGUAUAAACAAAAUUAAGGCUAAUUCACUUAAUGAUAGGCUUUUCCGUGCCCUUUGUCACGACAACGAAGAAGAUUUUGAAUGUCUUUUAUUACAUACCGCAGUACGAUGGCUUUCUAAAGGUGCAUGUAUGACUCGAUUUUACUCCCUCUACGAUUCAGUGGUCGAAUUUCUUUCCGGUGUCGAUUUUCAAUUGGCCGAAUCCUUGAUACCAUUAAAAAAUGAUAUCGCAUACUUGGCGGACAUUUUCAGUUUCAUGAAUGAAGUAAACAAAAAACUUCAGGGUGAAAUGAUAACACUUAUCAGAUGCAAAAGUGUUCUAACGUCAUUCAUAUCAAAGCUUUCAUUAUACAAGGACAAUAUGGGGCGGAAUACUUUGUCACAAUUUCCAAAUCUAUGCGAGAAUAAUGUAACAGAAAAUGAACGACUCAAAUACUGUGCUCAUUUACAAAACCUAGUGGAGGAUAUGAACAUUCGCUUUGAAGACCUCAUCAGUCUAACGGUGCCGCGCUGGAUAGUACAACCAUUUUCUGCCGAACCGGCUGAUCUGAAAGUCGAACUUCAAGAUCAAUUCAUCGACUUACUACAUGAUGAGAAAUCGAAGAUGGAUUUUACCGAUGAUCGAUAUGAUGUCUUUUGGUGCAGGUCAUCGAGCAAGUACCCGACAAUUUUUGAGGAGGUAGAACCCUGGAUUCUUUCGUUUCCUACGUCUUAUAUGGUGGAAAAGGGGUUUUCAGCCGUGACACUAUUGCUGUCAAAACAACGGAAUCACUAA